UGCUGUCGCGCUGACGUUUGGUCGGGGCACUGUCCCCGGGUCGGCGCCGCGGUCGAGCCGCUGUUGCGAAGCGGGGUUGCCGGGGACCGAGUGGCCUGGGGUGCCCGGUUGCAGUCUGAUCGGAAGGAGCGCGAUUGCCAUGGAUUCCGUCGCAGCCACCUCUUUGAGAGUAAUCAAUAGACCUCGGACCUAACAGUGUGGUUAUGGAGAAAGAAAUCAGUGUAGUGCCACAUUACGUUACUUCUUGGAGUCUUCUUCACAGGUUCUAAUUACCUCCAUUGUAACAUUGAGGUAUAGUAAUUCAUGAUGGAUAAGAUAUUGGAAGCACUCAUUACCUCUUCACACCCUCUAUCUGUGAAGAGGGGGAUUGUGAAGAAAGUGGUCGAUGCAGCUGAAAACUCAGUUGACCGGGAGCAAUGCAAGGCAAUGUUUCAUCUAACCACACGAUUAAUUUUAAUUGGGGAGGACAACUUCCAGAAACAAGUGGGUCAUCAGGUACUUGAUGCCUAUGCCAGAUACCAUCGUUGUGAAUUUGAAGAAUUCUUUAACAAGGGCUUUAUCCUAAACCUUCUGCAACAAGGUUAUGGAUCAUUAGAUAAGAAAGAUAUUGGCAUCAUUGACUAUAUCCACAUGGGAUUAAAACUUAUAAUGAGUUGUCCUUCUGUGCUUGAAAUCUUUAGCUUCAUGCACAAUGAAGUUUUGCGAUUAGUCUGUGAGAGGCCAGAGCCUUUGCUGUGUGCUAAGUUGAGUGAGUUGUUGUCUGACUUUGUGCACUGCAUGCCAAAGGGUAAAUCGGCGGUACUGUUUUGCCAACAAUUAGUAAGGACAAUUAGUCAGUUCCAGUGCAAUGCUACACAAGAAGAAGAGCUUCGUGGAUUUAUUUCUCAGGUGAACAAAAUAAGCAAUUUGCUGCAAAGCAUUUGGAAAGCUGAGCCGGGUGCACUCCUGCCUUCUCUACAAGAGGUGUUCGUAAUAAUCUCUGCUACAGAUUCCAUAUUUGAACCAUCUAUUGCUCUGGCAAGUCUUGUUCAGCACAUCCCAUUACAAAUGAUAACAGUUCUCAUCAGGAGCCUAAUCACAGAUCAAAAUGUUAAAGAUGUCAGCAUGACUUGUGCUCUGUGCAGGAUGAUUGAUUGGCUCUCUUGGCCUUUAGCUCAGCAUGUUGAAACAUGGGUGAUUGCACUACUUAAGGGAUUAGCCUCUGUCCAGAAGUUCACCAUCCUUAUAGAUGUCACAUUGCGUAAAAUUGAACAGGUAUUUCAUCGACUUUGGUAUCCUAUUGUGCGGCCAGGAGCUUUGGUGGUUCUUUCACAUAUGCUGCUCAGCUUUCAGCAUUCUCCGGAAGCCUUUCAUUUAAUUGUUCCUCACAUUAUAAAGCUAGUUCAGUUUCUGAAAGACGAAGCUUCACCUGCCAGCAGAAUCUUCCUGCUGCAGUUAACUGAGCUGGUCCAUUGUAUGAUGUAUCAGUAUUCUGGAUUCCCUGAUCUGUACGAACCCAUCCUUGAGGCCGUUAAGGAUUUGCCAAAGCCUUCUGAAGAAAAAAUGAAGCUCACUCUUAAUCAAAGUGCUUGGACAUCACACUCGAAUUCUUUGGCAUCUUGUUUGUCACGGCUUUCUGGAAAAUCUGAAACAGGAAAAACUGGGUUAAUAAAUCUGGGCAAUACGUGCUAUAUGAAUAGUGUCAUUCAAGCAUUAUUUAUGGCCACAGAUUUCAGGAGGUCUGUUUUGUCAUUGAAUCUAAAUGGAUCUCGCUCUUUGAUGAGGAAGUUGCAACUUCUGUUUGCCUUUUUGGCACACACUCAGCGAGCAGCGUUUGCACCGCAGAAUUUCUUUGAAGAAUCAAGACCACCGUGGUUCACCCCUGGGUCCCAGCAAGACUGUUCUGAAUACCUCAGGUUCCUUUUGGAUAGGUUACAUGAAGAAGAAAAAACAUGGAGGAUGCUCAAUGAGCAUUCCUCACCAACCCGUGAAAGUUCUGUAUGUGACUGCAACUCUCAAAGGCAUCCCCAGGAAGCAACAUCUCUCACUGAACCAGAUCUAGCAAGAGCUGAUGGAAAAACACUUAUCGAGAAAAUGUUUGGAGGCAAACUGCAAACCACAAUACACUGUCUAAACUGUAAAAGCACCUCUCAGAAACAAGAGGCAUUCAGUGACCUUUCAUUGGCCUUUCCUCCAUGCCUUGAAGACAUUGUAGAAGCUAGAUCAACGCAAAUGCUUGUCCCAGCGGAAUAUGAAAGCACAAUGCCUACAUGUUGUACUGCAGUAGUCUCUGACUCUCUUCAAACUGAACCUUCUGUAGUUCAUGACCUUCAGGUGGAAGAAAUUGGACAUAGGUCAGAAAUGGAAGACGAAAUGCUUAAAACAUUUCCAUUACAAUCCAUUAAUUCUGCGGAUUCUUCCAGGGUGCCAAUGCAAUCUGAUAAACUGGUCACAGUUCACAGCAAUAAAUCUAUUGAGCAGAAUGACAAAACCAGGUCUGUCCCUAGUCUAAUAAACUACUUUCUGGCCCCAGAGAUUCUCAAUGGAGAGAACAAAUAUUACUGUGAAAACUGUGCCUCACUACAGAAUGCACAGAAGCUGAUGCAGGUAGUAGAUGAACCUGAGUACCUCAUUCUCACUCUCCUAAGAUUUUCAUAUGACUCAAAAAGUCACGUAAGGCGAAAGAUCCUAGAUGAUGUGGCACUUCCACUUACUUUACAGUUGCCAGUUGAAAAGAAAACUCCAAAAUCAUUAGCGAACACUCAGUCAUUGCUAUCUGACUCACCUGAAAACCUGCCUAAAAAAUUGAAACCUUCUGGUUCAGUAGAUUCAAGCGAUUCCCAAUCAGUGUCUUACCACCUCUGUUCUAUCGUCGUGCAUUCUGGGAUGUCAUCUGAGAGUGGCCAUUAUUACUGCUAUGCCAGAAACACCAAUUCAGGAUCUGUAGGUCAGUUGUGUUACAAGAAUGGCCUUGCUGAUUUGUCCUCUCCUCCAAGUUACAUAACAGAUAAUGACAAUUCCAGUACGUCAGUUAUUUGGCACGAACCAAACUGCAAAGAAACAUCAAAGGAAUGGUUUCUAUUCAAUGACAGCAGAGUGACCUUCACGUCCUUUCAAUCUGUUCAGAACAUUACUAAUAAGUUUCCUAAGGACACGGCAUAUGUCUUGUUUUAUAGGAAACAAGAUGCUAAUGGUGGUAUAUACCCAAGUACAGUAAAUGGACUGUGGGUGAAUGGAGAGCCACCACUGCAAAAAGAACUCAUGGAUGCAAUUACUAAAGACAACAAGCUUUAUCUGCAGGAACAAGAGCUAAGUGCUCGUACCAGAGCAUUGCAAGCAUCUUCUACAACGUGUUCAUUUCGUCCACAUAGCUUUGAUGACAGUGACCCACCAGGGAGCUGUGGCCCAAGUGGUGGUGGCGGAGGAAGUGGUGGGUUUAAUACUAUUAGCCGUCUUGUCUUCUGAGAAUCAUUCAACAAGGCCAACUUUCUUCCCCUACCCUUCCCUCUUACUGAUAAGUGGGGAAGUAUGAAUCAAGUCACUGUUAAGGGUCAGAAUAUAUUACUCUCAAGAUAUUUCCAACUGUUCCACUUGUUUAUCUCAGCCUUUUUGGCAUUGUGAGAAACAGAUUGAUGUGUACUAGCUCUGUUAGGUCGGGGGGAGGGGCAGGGAAGUCAGCUAAAACAUACACGAUUGCAAUAAUUUGUAAAGUUUAUAGGUUUCUUAACUUUGCUCCUAAAUUUGGCCAUACCUAUAUUUGCAUGUUUAGAUUAAUUUUUGUAAAUAAGCAUUCAGCAUUUUAAUGUGUAUUUGUAUAAUGGCUGUAAAUACAUUUCAAGUGAACUUUUCAAUCCAUGUAUUGAAAGUAUAGAAAUAGUAAUUUAUGAAUUGCCACAUUUCCGGCAUUGGAUUUCUUCGAUACUUUUGAAAGUGUAUACAGCAUCUUGUAACUUCAGGGAGCAUUACUUGUCAUAAAUUUGAUCCACCUCAACAUCCCAUCUCCACCACCACCCACACAACACAGACUCCUCCUUGUGUUUGUUUAUCUGUGCCUUGAGAUCUGUACAGACCAGGUACAUUUCAAAAUCCAGAAUCUGAAGGUUAUAUUUUUUAAAAACAACAUCCUUGGCAGAGGCAGAAUCACUUGUAUAUUUAUCACUGAUGUAUCUUAACAUCUUAAAUCUUGUUUACGUUUUGAAGUUUCUAAGAAACCCUGACAUCACUUGAAAAGAUCUUGCAUAUCCACACUAAAUCCAGGAGAGUAAUAAAAAAAUUUUUCCUCUGUGUUUGUUCAUGGGUAAUGCAGUGAUUUAACUACUGAAUAAUUCAAUACAUUGACAAAUUUAUGUUGGGAAUUGUUCUACCAUUGUGCUAAAAAGUUUUGAAAAACAAUAUUUAUAAAUAUUUAAAUAUAUAGGAUAUGUGAUUAGCAAAACAACAUACUGGAAAAAUGUCAGCUUUUAUUCAGUAAUAAGUUUUCACUAAAUUAUUGAUUAUUUUUAUUUUAGAAAUGCUUUGCUAUGCUUUAGGAUAUGAAAUUUAAAAAAAAUUGAAUUCCAUUUUGGAUAUGAUUUUUCCCUAAAUAUAUUCGCACCUAGCAAUAAUCAGUUUCUGCGGAAUGAUUUUUUCAACAAUUGUUUGUCUUCAUUAGACACCUCUUAUCAAAUACAGAUACAAUGAAGCUAUUCAUCAUAUUAUCAAUGGAGUUUUACUUUGGAACUUGCUUUUAAAAUAACUAAUGGAUUGUUUUCAAAGAUUCAAGAUUGUAGAGGAGAAUGAAAUAAUUUUUAGUUUGGAUACAAUGCAGCACAAAAAAAAGGUAAAGAACACAAUAAUAAAAAAAAACACAAUAAAUAUAAACACAGUAGAUUCCAGUUUAUUGGGAAACAUCAGGACCACUGCACUUUGGCCCAAUUAAGUAGCUGCCCCAAUUAGCCAAAGUUUCAUGAAAAUAUUUAAAAAAGACAAACUACCAUUUAACUGAGUAACAAAUUAAGUAUUCAAAUGAAACACGGAACAAAUUAGAAUGCUACCAAUACCACAGGUGGUUAUCCAUUGUAUCCAGCGAUGACGGAAAACCUGUGCAAGUGGAGAAGCUGUUGCACUGGGACGAUUCCACUCUCUCAACCUCAGAAGUCCGGCUCCAGUGGCUUGAGUAGUCGUCACACUGGGGUCUUCCUUAGUUGCACUGGAAUACCAUGACUACCUCAGUGCCUCGUCAUCCCCUAUGCUCUCCACGCAGCAUCACUGAACUGCCUUCCUCACCCAUUGGAUGUCAUCCACCCAGUCCACCGGAGCUGACAGCGUGGUAGGACAGGCAUGUCCUUAUUUUACCGGGAUAUGAAACCCACCACCUAACCUCAACUGAUUUAACCUACCUGUCGAAGUGGUGUAUAGGGUGUGGUCGCUGUCAUUUGCAAACAGCUACGUGGAGUCACAGUGAGAGCCGAGAAUCUGGUGGGACAAUAGGUAACAAUCAAGCUGAUUCUUGUUACCUCCAAAUUCUUUGUAGUUCCUAACUCUUUGAAGUAGUGAAAUAGUUUCAUUUUUACUCCUGGCUGUUUCUGGCAUUUCCAAACCUGAAUGCUUGAAGCCACAGUGAGCAAAACAGUUCUGAAUUGUCUUACUGUUUAUUUCUUGCCAACUAUCAGUGACAAAGCACUGCUUUUUGAACACAAGCUCACAUAACUGAUACUAUUUAAAAACUGUUCACUCUAUAAGUACAAUAUGGUGUUUAACAGCCACACUGACUGGUGUGCGCAUGACUGACACUAGUUAGAAGCUGUUCAGUAACAGUCUCCUUUCCCAAUUAAGUGGGAUAGUAUCCCAAAUAAAUGAAGGGAACCCUGGCUAUUUUUUUAAUUAGUUUUUGUUCUUUAGAAGUUGUCCUAAAUACAGCUGCCCUGAUUAGCUCAUGGUCUAAUUAACCGGAAUCCACUGUACAUAUGGUAGCUUAUGUAGAUCGAUUGUAUGUCCAUAAAGUGAUGCUAGGCACAGGAGUGUCUGUACAUAAGGUUACUCUGCCAGGAAUUAAGUAGUAAUGGUUAGAGGUUAUGGAGGGAUGGGUUAGUGGGCGGAGGUAUUAAUCAGCCUUACUGUCUGGGGAAAGUAACUGCUUUAGAGUCUGGUGAUCCUGGUGUGGACGCUGUGCAGCCUCUGACCCGGUGGGAAUGGGAUAAACAAUCCCUGAGCCGGGUGGGUGGGAUCCAUCAUGAUGAUGUUGGCCCUUUUCCAACACCUCUGUGAAAUAUUUGUUUCACAAACAUGCAGUGUUCUUUUUGUUCCCUUUUUAUACCCCAGAGAUUGGACGAUAAAGCAUAACUUGUUACAUUUUUGACUGCUGUUAUUAAAACAUUGGCAGCACUUCAUUUCGAAUUUUACUGACUUCAAAGUGCAUGCAGGUGUUUUGUAGUUAUAAAAGGUGCUACUUUAGUGCGAGGCAUUUCCUUUUCUCUCGGGAGAUGAAGAAGGGAAAAAAGAGCUAAUUGUUGAAAGAUUAAAAUAAAAAUGCAAAUCUGGAUAUGUGUUCUGUGAGUGAGCCUAGUAUUUGGCACAAUUUACAGAUGUCAAUUUUUUUAUGUUGGGCAAAAAUGUUUGAUAUUUCUCCCACAGCUUAUUUAGAAGCGGUGUGAAUUUGAUGAGGCUUUCUUGAGUAUUGCAGUGGGUAGAAGUACUCAUAAGCAGCCAGCGAUGCUGACUGAAGUGUCUGGCUGCUGUAGCUAAGCCUGGAGUGUUAGAGGUGGGAGAAAAUGGAACAAGCCAGUCACUUGCCUGUUAAUAAAUGUUGUACAACAUUGAAGGUAUGUUUUGUUUGUAGUUAAUUAACUUUACCAAUAAAUUUAGUUCCCAGAACCUCAAAAGGUAGAACUCCAUUCUUUCUGCAAACUUUAAACUAUUAAUAUCCAAGCUUGGUAUAAAUUUAAUAGUGUUUACAAAAGAACCCAAAGACGAACAAUUGCCCUAAACAGGAAAUUGCAUUCCACAUCUCACACAUCUAA